AGAGUCAAAUAAGCAAGUUCAAGCAGCACCUGAAGCAAGAAAAAGCAGCAUCACUAUCAUCUUUCAUAAUCACAGCAGGAAAACUGUUUCAGAUAGAACUCAAAUUAUGAAAUGACAUAAACGUUUUUUGCUUUGUUUUUUUUGCCAUUAUGGGUCAGCAUUAUUUACUUCGGGUCAGUGUCUUCCGUGCAAGUGUCUUCCUUGCUCUGCUCGUGUUGAUCCCUCAUGUGCAGUCUGAUUGUUCAUCAUGCCAAUAUAAGUCAAACUCCACAACUACAGACAUCACAAUCUUUGUAGGAGACGGUUACUGCAGUGUGCAAAACGCCAGUGUAACAAACACUUUGUCCUGCGUUACGGUGACUGGACUGCAGCCUGGAAAAACAUAUUUCCUCAGAAUCAACUGCUCAAAUCUGUGCUGUGAUAACUACACCACCAACACUUCCAGCAAUCUGACUAUCACACAAGUCAACUCCACCUCAGUGUACCUCAACUGGACCUGCCUGUUACCACUAGCCAAUCAAACUGUUACUCUGCGUCCAGCACAAGUGGUGAAUAUCUCUGUGCUGAGUUCCAGUAACAGUCUGAAUGUGAGCUGGGCAGCUCCUCCAGGUCAUGUGGACUCAUAUGCGGUGAACAUAUCCAGUGCUGAGCUGAACAUGACCCAGAACCAUACCACCUUUGCCAACAACUUAGACAUCAUGAACCUCACAGCAGGACGAGUCUACAACCUCACAGUCACCUCCAUCAGUGGAAUCCUGAGGAACAUCUCAAACAUAGUGUCGGUUGCCACUAAGCCCAACCCACCCGAAGUGCUCAAAGUGACUGGCCAGACAAAUGUAUCUAUUUCUUUGUUGUGGUCAAGACCUUGCUCAAUGGAUGAAGUAAAUGUGACCUAUGAAGUGUCGUAUAGACCCAGCCAAUCAGGGCUCAACCUAACUUUGAGUCAAUCCACUUCUUUAAAUUAUACGCUCACAAGUUUAUUACCGGGCAGUCAAUAUGACAUUGCUGUGGUCACCAUUGGAGUGAAAGAUUUCAGGAGCUCAUUUGUAAACCUCACUGCAUAUACAGCUCCUAAUGCAGUGCGAAAUCUAGAGGUUUCUGCUGUCAGCACCAGUUCAGUCAAUCUGACCUGGCUUUCCCCUAAUGGAACUUCCAGCUUGUUGUCCUACAGUGUCAACAUUACCACAUCUGAAAAGACGUUCAAUACCACAUCCAACAAUUAUCAGAUUACUACACUGGAUUCUGGGUCUCAGUAUAAUUGCAGCGUCAGAACACAGAUAGGAGCUGCCAACAUUUCUGGACCCUCAAAGUCCAUACAGUGUAAUACAAAGCCAAUGCCAGUAAGUAAUUUAACUGCCUCUCCGGUUGGCACCACUGAGAUACUCCUAACCUGGUCUCGUCCGAGUAACUACAAAUCUACAUAUCUGUAUAUGUACGGAAACGUGAGUGGGACUCAAUGGAUACAGAGUAGAAAUGAGACUGCAAAGGUCCCUGACCUGAUCCCUGGGAACAACUACACUUUUACUGUGCAAACUGUAGCAAACGACCUUAACUCUGAACCAGUAUCCAUCUCUGUGUUUACAGGGCUUGAUAAAGCAUCAUCUAUUUCUGCAGUAGGAACUACUACGAGUAUGAGAGUGGAGUGGAAACCGCCUGCUGGCAAUGUGGGUCUCUAUAGUGUCAAAAUCCUGCUGAACGGAACCAUUGUAAAAACAGAGAACCGAACAAAUGAAACAUCUGUGGUUUUCUCAGACCUGCUGCCUGGAACUCUUUACUUGAUCAUUGUUACCAGCAUCAGUGGACCCAUAAAGCAGGACAGCGACAAUGUGCUGAAUGCUACCUUGCCGACUCCUCCUGGUAAUUUGUUGGUGACAGCGCAGAGCACAAAGUCUUUGAACAUCAGCUGGGCUCGACCGGUCAACAUGAGCUCAUUGCCACUCUACUUCCUCCUGCAGUACAACAACAGCACUCUCAUAUCAAACUCAAUCAACUGUAGUCAAAACUACAGCACUUUGCCCAGCCUCAGUGCAGGUGUCCAGUACAACAUCACUGUGAAGACUGUUGGUGCACUGGGAUAUUUAAGCUCUCCUCAGUAUCUCACUGCGUGUACAAAUCCUACUGCAGUAAGUGAUGUGAUAGUGAAUGGAUCCACAGAGAACAGUAUAUUUCUGAGCUGGCAGCAGCGGGAUGUUCAGCAGUAUGGUUACACUUACCUGCUCAUGUUCACACACCCCAAUGGCACAAGUGAACAGAAGGCUGCGAGUACCACCAUAGUACAGCUGCUGUCACUGCAGUCGGCUAGUCGGUAUAAUAUCAGCAUCAUCACGCAGACGGCAUGUGGCACCAAAUCUAAUCCCCAGAUUAUGACAGCCUCCACCAAGCCGUUUCCGGUUUCCUCUGUGCGUUCUGAUGAUCUGAAUGUUUCUGCUGUGAGGCUGAGCUGGGUCCGUCCUCUGGGGUACCACAGUGGGUUUUCAUACCAAAUAUUGGUAACCAACUGCACAGACAAUAUUACAUAUCUGUCUACGUCCUCCGAAAACAUCACUGUAGCAGACCUGGAGCCUGGGACCUUGUGUCUCUUCAGUGUGUAUAGUGUAGCCUAUGGCAGUUUGGGAGAACCGAAGAACAUUUCUGUACUCACAAAGCCCUCUAUAGUGGUUCCAAGACUAGAUAAUCAAGGAUCCAAUAACUCACUCUUGGUGAUGUGGGAUCACCCUGUUGGUGGGCUGGACAUGUACAUUCUAAACAUCAGCAGUGCAGGAGGGUGCAACUCCACAAAACUCAACAGCACUGAAUGCAGUCAUACCUUCACUCAGCUAAAAGCAGCAACUGUCUUCACAGUCUCACUCACCACCGUCAAAGGAACCUUCCAGGAAACAUCAAGUUCAGUUGACAUGGCAACUUAUCCAAACAAACCAGGAGAGAUUUUGGAGUCGUUCAAGAGCACUCAUUCAGUGUCAUUGAAAUGGGCUGAAGCUCAGGACAUGACAGCUGGAAGCUUCAACUACAGGUUGACCUACUGGCUUGGCAAUAACACAAAUCAAUUUCUCACUCCUAAUAACUCUUACCUUUUGGACAGCUUGCGAUCUGGAACGUCCUAUAACGUUUCUGUAGCUACUGUCGGGCCAAUGGGUUUCCAGAGUGGAUCAGUGUUCAGAUACCCUGUAACCACCGAGCCUGACCCUGUCCGAAACCUGCAUGUUGUUUUCACAACAACAAAUGUCAUCCAUGUAGAGUGGGUGGGAGUGGAAGGGGUCCCGAAAUAUGUAGUGAGUGUGUACAAUGCAAUGAGAGAACUUCAGAGGAACAAAACCAGUUCAAAUAACUGCACUGUGCAUGAUCUGAUGCCUUCAACAAUGUAUAACAUAAGUGUGCAGAGCAGCACUUCUGACAACACAGAGGGAGCUGCUGUGUGGCUGCAAAAUUGCACAGAUGCAGAUCCAGUGGAGAGUUUAACCUGUAUGGGUCCUAAUUUAACUUUGCCAAUACUCACCCUCUCAUGGAGCCCUCCUUCUGGUGAUUACCUGGGUUUUGAAGUCAAGCUAUCCUCCUCUGACUCUUCAGUAAACACCAAGAGAUUCAACUACACCUUUAAACACCUAAAGUACAAUACUCAGUACACUGCCACUCUCUGGACACUCGGCUGUGGGAAGAAAAGCACCCUGAAGGAGAUCCACUGUAUGACUGGCAUCACAAGACCUGUUGUACCUAAAAUAGAAACAGCAGUGACAUUGACUGAAAAACAAUACAACAAGUUUACUUUCAUUCUUCAGCCAGAAGUCUUUAAUGACUCAAAUGGCCCUGUGCUAUAUUAUGGUGUCCUUGUCUCCUCUGGCACUAUUGAUUACUCAGGCGAAAGCAGCACACAGUUUGAUCAGUGCCUGUUAAAAACCUAUAAGGACUGGAAAGCAAAGAGGUGCACCACCUACCUGGCUUUUGUCAAAGACACAGGGCUUAGAAAUGUGAAGGAACAAACCAUUGUCAUUGGAGAUCAGACUACGUGGAUGGGUUACACAAAUGGAGAACUUGAUGCUAAAGGAAGUUACAGUUUUGCUGUCAUUGCUUUCACUCAUCUGGAGAUUAGUAAGGAGAACGGUUUAGUGGAUGUGUCUAAUUCAUACUACUCCAUAUCCCAGUUUUAUCAAAGCUCCAUCACUCUGCCUGAGAACCCAGUGGUAAUUGGAGGGGCAGCUGGAGGAGUCGGUUUUGCUGCUAUUCUCAUUGUCAUCAUCAUCGGGGUUGUGAUGUGUAGACGAAAGCAAGGAAAAGAUAAUUCUACUAGUGUUCCCAUCCACACCAUUAGAAACAAAGUGAGUGAUCCAAUCAAGGUGGAGGAUUAUGAGGUUUACUAUAAGAGGCAAAGAGUUGAUUCCUUCUGUGGAUUUGCUGAAGAUUUUGAGGAUCUAAGGCCGGUUGGGAUAAAUCAGUCAAAGGCUGUUGCUCUGGCCCCUGAAAACAAAGCCAAGAAUCGUUAUAACAAUGUGCUGCCAUAUGAUUUAUCUCGUGUUAAGCUCUCUGUGCUUGGCAGCCCAUUUGAUGACUAUGUUAAUGCCAGCUACAUGCCGGGUUACUCUUCCAAGAAGGAGUUUAUUGCAGCACAAGGCCCACUGCCCUGCACCGUGAAUGACUUCUGGAGGAUGAUCUGGGAAAAAAACGUGCACACUGUUGUCAUGCUCACCAAAUGCAAUGAGCAAGGACGGGUAAAAUGUGAGGAAUACUGGCCAGCAGAGAUUAAACAUUUUAAUAAUCUGACAGUCAUGACUACUUCUGAGAUCCCAUUGGAUGACUGGACUAUACGCGACUUUGAAGUGAAAAAUUUAAAAACAACAGAGACUCGAUCAGUUCGUCACUUCCAUUUCACUGCAUGGCCGGACCAUGGAGUUCCUGAGACCACUGAGCUUCUCAUCAACUUCAGACACCUGGUCAGAGAACACAUGGACCAGUAUUCGCGACAUUCACCCACACUUGUUCACUGCAGUGCAGGCGUGGGCCGAACAGGAACCUUCAUCGCAAUUGAUCGGUUAAUCUUUCAGAUCGAGCGUGAUGAUGUAGUGGAUGUUUAUGGGAUCAUCCAUGACUUACGCAUGCACAGACCACUUAUGGUGCAGACAGAGGAUCAAUAUGUGUUUCUUAACCAGUGCGCCAUGGACAUCAUUAGGUCUCGGACUGGCAGCAAUGUAGACUUGAUCUACCAGAACACAGCUGCACUCACUAUUUAUGAGAACAUUGAACCCUUGAAAAAAUCCAAAAAUGGCUACCAUAAGGCUUAACCCUCUAUCCUGGUCAUUAUGCUGCUCUGCUGGAAAUUAAACAUUUCUUAUGGUUUCAUUUUUAAAUUGAGAAACCUUUAUUAAAAAACAAAUAUAUAUUUAUUGAUUAAGACAUAAGCUUGUUUAUAAAGGUGUAUUUAUUUUAACAUUUUGUUGGCCAAGUUUUUUUCAAGUUUAGAAAUGCAGUUGUAGUGCAGUACAGAAUAAGUUGGUAAUUGUUCUUUAUUGUUCUCAUGUUUCACAGUAUGUAUUUCCAUGACUUCAUGUCAUCAUAAUGAUGUGCAAUAAUCUGUAAGCAAUCCUGAUGAAAACAGUCUUUCUAAUCGAAUGGUCCUGCCAAUGCUGAAACCUGUCCUUCGUUACUGUUUUGGUGUAGCUCUUUUGAGUCCUUUUUGUGUCUGAUAGGUACUGUACAUCUAUUUACAUUAAAGUAAGUUACUAAGGCCAAAGCCUGGCUCAAAAUGAGGUAGGCUUGUAUAAGAAGGUCUUGUAUCGGAAUAGGUUAUAACAUUGAAAAUACCUGAUUUGACUUGAAAGUCAUAGUCACCCAUUCACUAUAAUAAACUCACCCGUCAACUUACUGCCUUAUAAACCCUUCCCAUAUUCUGCAGCAAAUCUGGCACCAGUCACUUCUCUCUGCAGGACAAUAACAGUUAACUCAGCAGUUAUGCUUUUUCCAUUGUAUGUAUGCAAAUAGUGUUUGUUUGUUUUUCUUUUAGAAACAGGCAAAUGUAUGUUCAGUAAAUGCCUACUGAUAAUUUAUUACAAAAAAGUUUUAUUAGAGACUGUAUUAAGUUAAUUUACAUAAGUUGUUAUAUUUGUACAUAAAUAUACUUUGUUCAGACUGAACUUUCAAACUA